UGGCAACUUUUUUUUUAAAGUGACCAGUGAAAAAUCUAUUGACUUUUUCUGGUGCUACUGGAGACUGUUUUGUAUUUGGAGACUGUGACGUGAAAGCACGUAUCGUCCUGCACAAAAGAAACCAAAGGUGGAUUUGAACUGAAACCUAAAAGGCAUAUCUGGAGGAAGAUCAAGAUCACCUGUUUCCAGCAAAAAUGGAUGGAAGACCCACCUGUGACCAAUGUGGAAAGACUUUCACCACAAUGAGUGGGCUGAAGAAACAUCUAAGCAUUCACACUGGAGAAAGACCAUAUAACUGUGACCAAUGUGGGAAGACUUUCACCAGAAUGAGUGGGCUGAUGGAACACCUACGCAUUCACACUGGAGAAAGACCAUAUGACUGUGACCAGUGUGGAAAGACUUUCAUCACAGCAAGUAACUUAAAAAGGCACCAACGCAUCCACACUGGAGAAAGACCAUAUGACUCUGACCAGUGUGGGAAGACUUUCACCAGAAUGAGUUGGCUUAAGAAACACCGGCAUAUCCACACUGGAGAAAGACUAUAUUACUGUCACCAGUGUGGGAAGACUUUUUCCAGUAUGAACGGGCUUAAAAUUCACCAACGUAUCCACACAGGAGAAAGACCAUAUACCUGUGACCAGUGUGGGAAGACUUUCACCAGAAUGGGUGGACUGAAAAUCCACAAACGCUUCCACACUGGAGAAAGACCAUAUGACUGUGACCAGUGUGGAACGGCUUUUACUACAGCAAAUAACUUAAAAAUCCACAAACGCAUCCACACUGGGGAAAGACCAUAUGGCUGUGACCAGUGUGGAAAGGCUUUCACCACAGCAAAUAACUUAAAAAUGCACCAACGCAUCCACACUGGAGAAAGACCAUAUGACUGUGACCAGUGUGGGAAGAAUUAUUCCAGUAUGAAUGGGCUUAAAAUUCACCAACGCAUCCACAGUGGAGAAAGACCAUAUGGCUGUGACCAGUGUGGAAAGGCUUUCACCACAGCAAAUAACUUAAAAAUCCACCAACGCAUCCACACUGGAGAAAGACCAUAUUACUGUGACCAGUGUGGGAAGGCUUUCAUCAGAAUGAGUGGGCUUAAAAUCCACCAAUGCAUCCACACUGGAGAAAGACCAUAUUACUGUGUCCAUUGUGAACAGGGUUUCACCUCAGCAAGUGACUUAAAAAUCCACCAACGCAUCCACACAGGAGAAAGACCAUUUAACUGUGAACAGUGUGGUAAGACUUUCAGAUCCUUGUCUGCUUUGCAUUCUCACCACAGUGUUCACCACAAGAAGUUGAUGUACCCCUGUGAUAGGUGCAUGAAGAUAUUCUGGUCAUCUUCCUCAUACAAGCGUCACUUACGGACCCAUAUGAGAGAAUCCCAUCCAGUGCAGAUUCUGUGACAGAUCUUUUAUCACAGGUUAACAAUGUACCAAACAUGAACGUGUCAAACAUUUCCACAAAAGACAAAAACUGAAAAGUUGCACAAAAAGUAAGACUCUAGACAAUCAGUGUCAUAACACACCAAAACAGUUGGAGUGUUAUCAAUGUCCAAACAGAUUAUGGCCAUCCUCUCCUCUCUCCCAUCAUCAGUACAGAUGUGAAUCAUCAAUGUCUAGACCAAACAGUACCUCGGCAUCAGAUGAGAAGAAGAAGAAGCACAGCGUGUCUGAACCAGCAGCACUGACUUCUUCCUCCAGAUCAGACUUCUCAGGAUCCAGAUGUGAAGACAAACACCAGACUGAAAGCUGUGUUUUGUUGUCUUCAGAGUGAAGAAGUGUGUUCUAAUGCACCACCUUCACAAAACAGUGACAUUACAGAAGCUCCACCUACCACCAGAUGAAAAGUUCAACUAGUGGAGGUCAACAAGGACCUGGUUUCUAUUCAGAUACUACUUCUGAUUGAAUUUGUGGACAUUGAAUCAGUUGGAGGUCACAUUAACUGAAAAUAUUCGGUUAUUGAUGCUUUUUUUU